AUGAAUCGCUCAUCCUUCAAACCGGAAUUCUUGAUGCCGGCCGAUUUGUUCACUUUAAUGAAGUCGCUGCGGAGAGGUCUUGUUGUUGGAAGCAAGCAGAUUGUCAAUAGAGUAUCGGAGGAUGACGCGACUGGAGGGCAUGUAUGUUUUCUUCCGGAACUCCGCUUUGAAAUGGACAAUUUUUGUGGAUCAAAUUCAGUCCUUCGAAAACUGCACCUUCUGUCCAACCACUGUAUCUAUCAUCAAGACACUUCCAUCUAUCCCAUUCGUAUUGGCGUGGAUCAUCCUGAAUACCAAUUACGAAAACGAACUUUUGAUGCUUUGAAAAUGGCCUACCAACAUCUCAUUCAAAUGUGGAAAGAUACACCCACAAAGGCUCCAUUCAAAUGCAAAUGUCUGAAACGCGACGGAUUCCAUGAAAAGCUCACUCCUUUCAUGACAAUGAUCAGUCAUCGGGACAAUCUUUUUGAAAGUUGGACUCUGGACCGUCGAAGUGUUGUGUUCGCCCACCAAGAUCUUUCAAUCUACAAAUACCACCACCCAUCAACGACAUCACUUACUCUCAACAAAGUUAAUUAUUUAUUUAAUUUAAUAAAUUUGGUUUGA